AUGCCGUUGCAACGUUAUAUGGUGUAGAAGAGGCUGAGGAGAAGAUUCGAAGGGCGAUCCAUCUGUCGAAAAAGCGCUAUUUGAAAAAAAUACUUAUAAGUAAACGAAACCAAAGUGACGAUUAAAGUAGUCUUAUACAGUAACUUACAAAAGUAAGCAUGGAGUGAUUUUUUUACAAUAGUUAUUGAAAUUAUAUCAAACUGUUUAAACAGAGUUUUUAAUUUUUCAUUUCGUAGGUACGCAGUUUAUAGCCCCUUUAACCUUUUUUGGUGACGGUGUUAAGCAUUUCCUUCCAUAUAAAGAAAGUUUGGAAUUGGUUAUAUGGAGGAAAAAGC